CUUCUCUGAAUCACAAAUCUACAUCAAAAAAUCUUUCCAAGACUAGCAGUUAUGCCGCCAAGACCCAGAGGAACUCCAUAUGCAGGGCCACUCUCAGUAUUCCCGGGAAAAGCAGCAGCGGCAGCCACAACCAAAGGUGCAGUCAAACACAUUCUUAGAUUGAAUCUACUGCUGUGUUGCUUCCAUUCAUUGUGACCAGAAAGUUAAAUGAAGAAACAAAAAGACUAGAUAUUGAGAAUCUUGUAGCAGUUUUGUAACUUGUGUAUGAAUUUCCCCCAGGAUAAGUACAUGUAAGCGAAGAAGUGAGAUUUCUGCAUUUGAUCCACUGGGGAUUAAUCCGGAUGGCCUCUCAAAUUUAAAAAAGAGUUGGGAAAGUGGUUUAGAGUUAUUUUCUCAAACUCUUAUGAGUACUUCAGGCACCAGAAAGGAUAAAGUUUCAUCAGCAAAGGGAGUUGCAGCUGCCAUAGAAGAUACUAGCAUUGAUAUCGGGGAUUUCUUCAAAGGUCCAUUGCCAGGAAAAUUUCUUAAGCUCUUAGGUUUUCUGGCCCUGUCACGAGUUGGAGUAUACACUCCUCUUGGUGGUGUGAAUAGGGAAGCCUUUGCUGGUAAUUUAGAUCAAAAUAGCCUGUUGGGCACUCUGGAUUCUUUUUCUGGAGGGGGUAUUGGUCGGCUUGGAAUAGGCUCUCUUGGUAUUGUUCCCUUUAUCAAUGCUCAGAUUGUUUUUCAGCUUCUCACACAAAUCUACCCCAAAUUGCAAGAGCUUCAGAAAAGAGAAGGUGAAGCUGGAAGAAAGAAAGUACUUCAGUAUACUCGUUAUGCAUCAGUCGGCUUUGCGGUGGUUCAGGCCAUUGGCCAAGUGCUAUAUCUUCGCCCUUAUGUUAAUGACUUCAGCAGUCAGUGGGUCUUCUCUACUGUUAUUUUGCUAACCCUUGGCGCAGCUUUCACAACAUACAUCGGGGAUAGAAUUACAGAUUUAAAACUUGGAAAUGGUACAUCUCUUUUGAUCUUCACAAAUAUCAUCUCCUACCUACCGGCAUCAUUUGGGAGGACGGUUGCACAGGCAUUUCAAGAUGGGAACUAUGUUGGACUUGGAGGCAUCAUAGUUUCCUUCUUCUUGCUAGUACUUGGGAUUGUGUAUGUUCAGGCGACAGAAAGGAAAAUCCCACUUAAUUAUGCAUCACGAUAUGCUGCUGGAGCUGGAGGACUUCAAAAAUCUGCGUACCUACCCUUCAAGGUCAAUAGUUCUGGAGUGAUGCCAAUCAUUUUCUCUACUUCUUCCUUGGCUCUUCCAGGAACUCUUGCACGCUUUACUGGUCUGAAUGUUUUGAAGAAAGCAGCUAUAGGUUUAAAUCCUGGGGGUUCAUUGUACUUGCCAACAAACAUUCUGUUGAUAGCAUUCUUUAAUUACUACUACACCUUCCUGCAACUGGAUCCCGAUGAUGUUAGUGAACAGUUGAAAAGGCAAGGUGCUUCGAUCCCACUUGUUCGACCUGGAAAAAGUACCGCUUUAUAUAUUAAAACGGUUCUCAGCCGGAUAUCUGUCCUCGGUUCUGCGUUCUUGGCAAUACUUGCUGCAGGUCCGGCUGUAAUCGAACAAGCUACGCAUCUCACCGCAUUUAGAGGCUUUGCCGGCACCUCUGUUCUGAUUCUGGUGGGCUGCGCAAGCGACACGGCAAGAAAAGUUGAGGCGGAGAUCAUAUCCCAGAAAUACAAGACUAUUGAGUUUUAUGACAUCGACAAGUAUUGAUUCAUUGGUGAUGAGGUUAGUUAUUUGUUUGUUUGUAUAUUGUACUUCAGUUUAUUUCUUAGAACAGUCGUUGCUACAACAUUUUAUAGUCGGCGAUUUAAUGCUGGAGUAAUCGCCUAUCGGUUCAAUUUAAUUUGGGUAUAAUCAAAUAUUGCUUCCCCUAUAAUGGUUGGUUGGUA